UGCGCAACGUUGCUACACCCGACCGUACGAAGUUUCUGGAUAUCCGUUCGCAGCAGUAGGAACGCAAAAAGCUUUAUAUUGAAGGUAAACGCCCGAUGCCUUAUGGUCAUUUAGAUUACUUUUUUAUGUCUGUAGAUGUAAUGAAUGUUUCCGGACUUUAUAAGGGAUCUAAGAACACAUGCGUUCUGGGUUUAAUGAGACCAGUUCCAGUAGUGGGAGAACUCCACAGUGCUGCGCCAGUUUGAUGGGCGAGGAUGACAUCCUCAACAUCGCCAGAGUUCUUCGACAAGGACGGCGUGCCCAUACGCUUCAAAAAGAGGAAAGCUCGCUUCACCUUCAGCGAGGUGCACAUCCUUCUGGACGAGGUCCGCAAGCACCGCCACAUUGUUGUCGGCAAGUUCAACUAUGGUGUGCCGGCGACGGUAAAGAAGCGCACCUGGGCAGAGAUCACCGCCCGCAUCAACGAGAUUGGCGAGUGUGAGCGCGAGGUCGUGGAGGUCAUCAAGAAGUGGGCGGACCUGAAGUGCGAAACCGCGCGCAAGGUGGCGGCCGUCCGCACGGGGUUCGUCAGCUUCCCAGGCAGCCGCUACCUGCGCGACUUCUCGCCCACGGAGAACAUCGUCCGGCAGAUCCUGGAGCUGGACAGCAAGAAGGGAGGAGGACGCCGGCCCGGCAGCGGAAACCGAAACGGCAAGAGUACGGCAAAAGGGUCGGGUGAAGAUGAUGACGGGGCCGGGGAGGAAGACGAUGACAUGGACAUUAUGCCGGGGAUGGGCCUCAUGCCCAGCUCGCCUGAAACAGGAGAAGGAGAUGGAGGGGUGGGCACAGGUGCCAUGGACUCACCCUCCACCAUGCCACCCCCUCUGGAAACAUCUUCAUCCACACCUGUGCCUUCCACCUCCGCCAUGUCUACACCGCCACCGCUGCCAGGCUCAAAAGACACGAGCGCCGAGCGGGAUUCUGUGUUUGAUAGCUCUGGAGAUCUGUCAGAAGACCCGUUUGAAAUGAGUUUUGAAAUGCCGAUUGCAGAAGACAGCAGUCAGCAGGUGGACUCCGAUGACGACCAACGCGACAGCUCGCGACCGUCCACUUCAACUCCCACCCCCGCUGCCAACGCCGGCCCCAGCAAUAGCAACACACGCAGCAGCGCUGGAGCCGUGCACCGCUCAAAGACGCUCUCCCUUCCGCUCCCUUCUUCUUCUUCCUCUUCGGCUCCCCCUCCAGCCUCGGUGCCCUCCCCCUGUGUCCAGGCUCCGGAGCGGGGCGGCGUCGGCGUCGGCGUCGGCGUUGGCGUGUGCAGCGUGGACGUGGGCCAGGCGGCGGUGAUGAGCGUGCAGGAGCAGCACAUGAGCACCGCGCUGCUGGAGACGGUGUCGCGCUCACUGGAGCUGCUGUCCGAGUCGGUGCAGCAGCUGGCCGAGACGCAGCAGGAGUUCGCGCGCGAGUCGCUGCAGCUGCAGCGCGACACCGUGCAAGUGCUGCGCGACUUCGCCACCGGCGCCAUGACACUCAUGCACGACAAGCUCAACGGCCGCCCCGCGCUAUAGCCGUGGCAACCAAAACUCGUGCUGUAGCCACGGCAACUGACCCACGCCAAACCCCCUGGGUUCACGGACGAAGACGCUCUUUCGUGACGGACGGUGCCCGUGCUACAGCCAUGGCAGCCGAACCCGUGCCACCCCUGGUGUCGUGCUCGGAGACGACCAUUCAUGACGGGCGGCGCCCGGUGCUCGGUGCUGUAGACA